AUGGGCUUUGCUGCCAUGCACAACGCAUGGUGGCCGCAGAUCAAGCCGCUCUCAGGCACCGACAUCCCCAACAGCAAACGGAUGUCGAGGAAGAGUGAUGCGCAAGCUGCAGCGGACAGAGGCCUUGAGCAAGCGGCUUUGAGGCUGGAGGAAGGGGGGGAGGAGCAGAGGGAAGCGGAAGGAUGCGCGGAGGAGAAGGAAGGGGGGGAAGUGGAUGAAGAGGAAGAGUACGAAGAAGAGGAAGAUGUUUCUUUCACAGGCAGGGAGGUAUGCGUAUUUGACAACCGAGGGAUAGGCAAGAGCACGUGCCCCACCGACAAGAAAGCAUACACAACUACGAUCAUGGCGAUGGAUGCACUUCGUCUGGCGGAUCACCUCGGCUGGACGCAUUUCCACCUGGUGGGGCAUUCCAUGGGAGGCAUGAUCGCGACCAAAGUGGCUGCCACCGCUCCCCACCGAGUGAAAUCCCUGGCGCUCAUCAGCACCAGCCGUGGUGGCUUCGAUAUCCUGCCCAGGCUCGACCGACGGUUCUUCUCCGUGGGUACGAAACUGGUGACGGCACGCACGCCAGAGUCCAGAGCGCGCGUGGAUCUGGUGAUGCACUUCUCGAGGGAGUUCAUGCAGCAGAUGGUUGGCAGCUCGGCGCAGAAAGACCUUUUGAACGUGGAGUACGUGCAGUAUCUGUCAGCGCCAGGGGCGAUGCAGGCGCCACACGCUACCAGCGGGCAUUUUAACGCCGUUUGGACGCACAAGCUGACCCGAGAGAACGUGGAAAGCAUUUGCAACGCCCGCAUUCCCACAGCCGUCAUUCAUGGAGUGGACGACAUAGUUGCACAUGUCUCCCUGGGUGAGAAGGUGGCCAAGCGCCUGGCGGCAGUGGCGCGGUUCACUCCGCUCCCAGGGGCGCACAUGCUGGUGCGGGAGCGGAUCGAAGAGGUGAACGCGUGUCUGGAGGAGCUCUUUCACGCCGCAGAGGCGCGUGUUCCUGUGGAGCAAUGGGUGCAGCGUUGCAGUGUCGUAAAACCACCUGGCUCAACACGGGAGCGGCAUGAGAAGGCUAAGGGGUGGAAGCUUGUGACGCAAUUUAGCCACGGACUGUGCUGUGCUGCUGCGACCACAUUCUUCAAUCCCUCUUCCCCUUUUCUCUCCCUUCCCCACCUCCUUCUCGAAUUCUCCCCCCAUCUCCCCCCUCCCCACUUCGUUCCUGUCCCAUCUCCCUCCUUCCACCACCUCCCUUCCCCCAACCCCUCAACCCUCCCACCCUCUUCCUCCUCCUUUUCCGUCCCUUCUCUCUCCCUUAAACCCGUCUGCCGAUCCCCGUCCCCUCUCCUUACUUUCUUUGUCCCUCCCCCUUCCUCUCUCCCCUUUCUCUUCACCCAGCCCGUGGACGAUUUUGUCCGUAGUGGCAAGGUGGUGGGGGUGGGGUCAGACUUUGGCUCCUCUCUCGCUGUCACCCACCUCAUCAGCAAAAUUCAGAGCGGAUCGCUGCGAGAUAUUAUCGCCGUUCCCACCACGGCAGCAGCAGCAGCAGCAGAGCUUGCGCAAGCAGGGGUGGUGAUGUCAACUCUCGAGGAGCAUCCCAAGGUGGAUUUCGCCUUCACAGACGCAGACGUGGUGCAGGAGGGAACACUCUUUUCUAUAAUCCACACUCUCCCGUCUCCCUUCUCUCAUCCCUCCUUUGCCUCCCAACUCCCUUUGACUACCCCUUCCUUUCCUCAGCUGGAUUUCGCCUUCACAGAUGCAGACGUGGUGCAGGAGGGAACGCUCUUCUCUAUCAUUGGUCGGCGCAUUCCAAACAAACGAGGCUCGGUUCUCAAAGAGAAGAUGGGUGUUGAGGCCGCAAGCGGGGCGAAAGGGAGCAGCGCAUCCAAGAAGGACGAUAAGAAGCAAGACAGCGGCGCGUUUGGGGGGCUGGACUGGAGAGAAGUGGCCUGCCCUGCUCCUCCCAUGCUGGAUCUGUCUAAACCACGAGGACAAGGGUGCGUUGCUAGAGGAGGUGCUAGCAGACGGCAUCAGGAGAAGUCAAAGUUUCCCACCUGCAACCCACUUUCUGCUCCCGUUGGGGUGGUCGCGCGCGUGAUGUGUGGAUGGUGA